AUGGACGGUAGGGAUAAGGAGUGCAAUGUGUACAAAAUCCACUCUCGUUCACAUACCAUCCUCAAGCCAUCGGGCCGGUAUGCCAAAAUUAAGACAGCACAAAAAAAGGUGAAAAUUCCACAAUCAUUCAGUCAGUUCCUUCAGAAUCAACAAACUGGGUCGGUUUUACUAAGAGGUCAAAGUGGGAAUAAAUGGCUUGCGGAACUUGAUUCAGACACCGAAGGAUUUUUCUUUAUACAUGGAUGGAAGGAAUUUGUUAUAGAUCAUUCCAUCGGGGAAGGAAACCUCUUAUUAUUCUGUUAUGAUGGAUACGGACAGUUCUCAGUUAAUAUAUUUAAUGGAAUGUGUGUUGAGAAGCCGUCAGCUUUUCAUGCUAAGCCUUCAAAGGAUUUAAAAAAAGAGAGUGAUGAAGAUGACAAUGGAGUAGCUCCCCAAGAAGAGAAUAAUGGAACCACAAAGAAGCUGACUGGAGAAAUUGAUGCAGAUGGCUCAAUGUUGAACAAGUGUUGUAAUGCAUCAGUUAAGGGUAAGCAAAAAAUGCCUUCAAAGGAGUUAAAAAAAGAGAGUGAUGAAUAUGACAAUGGAGUAGCUCCCCAAGAAGAGAAUAAUGGAACCACAAAGAAGCUGACUGGAGAAAUUGAUGCAGAUGGCUCAAUGUUGAAGAAGUGUUGUAAUGCAUCAGUUAAGGGUAAGCAAAAAAUGCCUGAAUCUUUGGUUGGUACUUGUAAUGUGUUAGCAACAAGACAGAAGAGGAACAAGAAUGCAGCUGACCCAUCAGAAAGGUUGGAGAUUACUGGAGCUUACAGGUCAGCGCGAACAAGCCUUAAAAGUAAUGAAGCUGUCAGGAAAGUUCAAAGGCAACAUGCAGUAGUAUCACAAAGGUCGCCGGUAAGUGAAUGGCAGAAGAAGUACGCUCUUCAAAGGGCAGAAAAGUUUACAUCUAAGUACCCUUCAACUCUGAAAGUAAUUAAGGCGGCUAGUGCCUACAACUCAUUUUUCAUGGUCAUCCCAUCUGAAUUUGUCAGGGAGCAUCUCCCCCACACCAGCAAGAAGUUGACGCUGUAUGAUCCGCAAGCAAUGCCCUGGCAAGUUGAAUACGUCUACUGCAGCCAUCGUUCCGCCGGGGCUUUCAGCAGCGGCUGGAGCCAGUUCUCAAUCGGCAACAAUCUGGAGAAGUUCGAUGUCUGCGUCUUCGAGCUCCUCGCCAAGGAGACCAUCAAGGUGCACAUCUACAGAGCUCAGCUCCUGAUAGAACAGUACCUCCACCAAGAACUUAGCGCUGCAAUCCAAAACUGA